AUGGCUAAACAUUCAAUGGUUUUGCCACAAGGUGUUGUUUUUGGGAAUGAGAGUAUUGGCCAGAGAUUGAUUAAGAGAAGGAGAUUGGUUUCCGGGAUUGGGUUGUGUUUGAAUGAUAAAUCUAAGUUUAGUUUUUCGGUUAAAGAUCUGAGAGGGAAGUCUUGUUUUCCUGAGGGAUUGAGGGGUUUGAACAAUUUGGGUAGUACAUGUUUUAUGAACUGUAUGUUGCAAGCAUUGCUUCAUGCACCUAUUUUCAAGGACUAUUUCUUGAGUGAUGGACAUGAUUCGGAAGAUUGUAAAAGAAGAACGAUGGAUAGGUUGUGUUUGAUUUGUGAUAUUAAUGCUGUUUUUUUAGCUAUGUAUUCGGGCGGUCGAACUCCGUAUAGCCCUGCUCGGUUUCUAUACAGCUGGUGGCAGCAUUCAGCAAAUUUAGCGAAUUACGAGCAACAGGACGCCCACGAGUUUUUCAUUGCGAUGUUAGAUGCAAUCCAUGAGAAAGAGGACAUAACGGGGAAAGGAAGCAAAGGAAAUGGUGGAGAGUGUCAAUGCAUUGCUCAUAAAGUGUUCUAUGGGCUAUUGAGAUCAGAUGUUACUUGUAUGGCUUGUGGAUUCACCUCAACAACCUAUGACCCUUUUUUGGACAUUUCACUUAACCUCGACAUUAAUAUCUCUUUGGUCGAAAAGGGUAAAAAACUUACCAAACAGAAUGAGGAUGACAACAUGUCUACACUUCUAGGUUGUUUGGAUUUGUUCACUAGGCCAGAGAAGUUGGGGCCGGACCAGAAACUUUACUGCCAAAAUUGUCAGGAAAGGCAAAACUCCUUGAAACAAAUGUCUAUUAGAAAGCUCCCUCUAGUACUUACUUUGCAUGUAAAACGGUUUGAGCAUUCUUUCGUUAAGAAGUUGUCAAGGAAGAUUGAUCGCUACCUACAAUUUCCGUUCUCCUUGGACAUGACUCCUUAUUUGUCCUCUUCUAUUCUUAGAGCUAGAUAUGGAAAUAGAAUUUUUAAUUUUGGAGGUGAUGAAUCAGAAACUUUUUCCAAGUUCGAGAUUUUUGCAGUGGUGACACAUUCGGGGACGCUCGAGUCUGGCCAUUAUGUUUCUUUUGUAAGAUUAAGGAAGCAAUGGUAUAGAUGUGACGAUGCUUGGAUAACCGAGGUUGAUGAGGCAAUAGUCAGAGCUUCACAGUGUUACAUGAUCUUCUAUGUGCAAAAGACUUUGUUCAAUAAUGCAAAUGAAGAUCUUAGUCACCUUCCAAAUUCACCUGGAAGAGAGGUGUUUAUUCCUAUUGCUGGUUGCUGCUAG